CUCAAGGUGAUGAUCUUGCAGAUUCCUGACUUCACUUACAGAUAAGAAAGGAAAUAAGUAGUGCCAAGUAUCUGUAUUGCCAUUCAACACCUAUAUGAAUAUUGACAUGGAGGAGAAAGCAUUUAAAUGCCUGGAGUGUGGAAAGAGUUUUACUCGGAGACAUAAUCUGCAGCAACAUGAAAGGACUCACACUGGGGAGAAACCCUAUAAGUGUCUGGAGUGUGGACGGAGCUUCAGUCAUACUCUAAAUCUACAUAGACAUCAAAGGACUCACAGUGGGGGGAAACCCUAUAUAUGCCCGGAGUGUGGAAAGAGCUUCAGUAAGAAUGGAAAUCUACGUGUGCAUCAAAGGACUCACACUGGGGAGAAACCCUAUACAUGCCUGGAGUGUGGAAAGAGCUUCAGUCAGAAUGGAAAGCUGCGUGUGCAUCAAAGGACUCACACUGGGGAGAAACCCUAUGCAUGCCUGGAGUGUGGAAAGAGCUUCAGUGAGAAUGGAAAUCUACAUGUGCAUCAAAGGACUCACAUUGGGGAGAAACCCUAUAAAUGCCUGGAAUGUGGACAGAGCUUCAGUCAGAGUGGACAUCUACGUACACAUCAAAGGAGUCAUACUGGGGAGAAACCCUAUGUAUGCCUGGAGUGUGGACAGAGCUUCAUUACUAGUAUACAUCUACAUAGGCAUCAAAGGACUCACACUGGGGAGCAACCCUAUAAAUGUUUGGAAUGUGGACGGAGCUUCACUUGGAAUUUCAGUCUACAUUUGCAUCAAAGGACUCACACUGGGGAGAAACCCUAUAAAUGCCUGGAGUGUGGACAGAGCUUCACUUGCAAUUCCAGACUACGUUUGCAUCAAAGGACUCACACUGGGGAGAAACCCUAUAAAUGCCUGGAGUGUGGAAAAAGCUUCACUGAUAAUAGAAGUCUACAUAGACAUCAAAGGACUCACACUGGGGAGAAGCCUUAUACAUGCCUGGAGUGUGGACAGAGCUUCACUCGUAAUUCUGGUCUACGUUUGCAUCAAAAGACUCACACUGGAGUGAAACCCUAUAAAUGCCUAGAAUGUGGACAGAGCUUCACUUGUAAUUCAAGUCUAUAUGUGCAUCAAAGGAUUCAUACUGGGGAGAAACCUUAUAUGUGCCUGGAAUGUGGAAAGAGCUUCACUGAGAGUGGAAAUCUACGUUCGCAUCAAAGGAGUCACACUGGGGAGAAACUCUAUAAAUGCUUGGAGUGUGGACACAGCUUUUUUAAUAGUGGGAAUCUACGUGUGCAUCAAAGGACUCACACUGGGGAGAAACCCUAUGCAUGCGUGGAGUGUGGAAAGAGCUUCAGUAAUAAUUCAGAUCUACGUGUGCAUCAAAGGACUCACACUGGGGAGAAACCCUAUACAUGCCUAGAGUGUGGACAGAGCUUCACUCAGAAUGGAAAUCUACGAUCUCAUCAAAGGACCCACACUGGGGAGAAACCCUAUAAAUGCCUGGAGUGUGGACAGAGCUUCACUCAGAGUGGAAAUCUACGAUCACAUCAAAGGAUUCACGUAGGGGAGAAAUCCUAGAAAUGCAUGGAGUAUGUACUGAGCUUCACUCAUAAUUCAGAUCUACAUUUGCAUUAAAGGACUCACACUGGGGAGAAACCCUAUAAAUGCCUGGAAUGUGGAAAGAUCUUCACUGAUAAUUUAAGUCUACAAAGACACCAAAUAACUAACACUGGGAAGAAACCUUUAUACAUUCCUGGACUGGACAGAGCUUCACUUGGGUUGAAGUCUAUGUUCACAUCAAAGGAUUCACACUCUGAAAAAAGCUUAUACAUUACUGGAGUGAGGAAAAGGUUUCACUGAGAGUGGACUUCUACAUUCACAUCAAAUUACUUACAUUUGGGAGAAACCCUAAAAAUGUCUGGAGUGUGGACAAAGCUUCACUCGUAAUUCAAGUCUAUGUUCGCAUCAAAGGACACACACUGGGGAGAAACUCUAGAAAUGCAUGGAGUGUGGAAAGAGCUCUGAGAGUUCAAAUCUACAUAGACAUAGAACUCACAUUGGAAAGAACAGUGUUAUUUGACCCCAGAGAGACUCCCUAAAACAGAAUUUUGCAAACUUUUCACGUUAGUGACCGUACCCAGUUGGUGAAGCUGGGGGAUACCUGAUCGGACCCUGGCCUUUGACCUGUGGGGUCUCGCAAGAUUCUAUUCUUUCCCCCAUGCUUUUUAAUAUCUACAUGAAACCUCUGGGUGAGGUCAUCCGGAGUUUUGGAGUUCGUUGUCAUCUCUAUGCAGAUGACGCGCAACUCUACUACUCCUUUCGACCAAAAUCCAAGGAAGCCUCUUGGGUCCUGGACCAGUGCCUGGCCACUGUGAUAGGCUGGAUGAGGGCCAACAGGUUGAAACUGAAUCCUGAUGAGAGAGAGGUCCUCCAGGUCAGUCGCUCAGCCAAACGGGAUAUAGGAUGGCAACCUGUGUUUGACAAAGUUACACUCCCCUUGAAGACACAGAUCCGCAGUCUGGGGGUCCUUCUGGACUCAGCGCUGAACUUUGAUGCUCAGGUGUCGGCGGUGGCCGGGAGGGCCUUUGCACAGUUAAAACUUGUGUGCCAACUGCGACCGUACCUCGAGAAGUCUGACUUGACCAUGGUAGUCCACGCCUUAGUUACCUCAAGAUUGGACUACUGUAAUGCACUCUACGUAGUGCUGCCCUUGAAGACGGUUCGGAAACUACAGCUGGUGCAAAGGUCGGCAGCCAGAUUAAUAACUGGAGCAAGUUACAGGGAGCAGUCAACGCCCCUGUUUAAACAGCUCUACUGGAUGCCGAUAAGUUUCCGGUCCCAAUUCAAGGUGCGGGUUAUUACCUAUAAAGCUCUUAAUGUUUCAGGACCUGCCUAUCUGUAUGACCGCCUACGAACCCACACGAUCCUUAAGAUCUUCCGGGGAGGCUCUUCUCUCACUCCCGUCUCUGGAACUCCCUUCCCUAUCCACUUUCUGUAAGGAAUUAAAGACCUGGAUGUUU